GGGCACGUCCUGCGCGCGCGGUCGCCUCCACGUCGGAGCGGGCGGGGGAUUCCUCUGCCGGACCUGAGACUCCUUUGCCCCGCCCGCUUCGCGUCAGCUUCCUGGAUCUUUCCACCUUUAGUGAGAUCAACGAGAGGAUACCGCCUGCAUCUAGAGCAGCCCACGCAGGAGCGGAGUGGGGCUGUGCGCGAACGUGGAAGCAAAGCUGUGGGCUAGCUGCGGCUUCCUGCCCGGGACAUUCUAAACGCUGGUGAGUGUCUGGACCGCUGUCUCCAUCCCAGUCGCCCCGCAGCCGCUGGACCACCGCGCGCACCCAGAGGAGGCUCACAGGCUCCGCUCGUGACGCCGCCACCGACGCCCUCAGUGGGGUCUCGAGGACUGUAGAAAACAAACAUCCUGCCUCUUUCCCGAUCUCCAACUCAGGAAUUACAUCUGCCAGUUUGUUCUGCACCUUGUACUGGAGAAAUGCUUUCUGAAAGCAGUUCAUUUUUGAAGGGUGUGAUGCUUGGAAGCAUUUUCUAUGCUUUGAUCGCUACACUAGGACACAUUAAGAUUGGUCAUGGAAAUAGAAUGCACCACCAUGAACAUCAUCAUCUUCAAGCUCCUAAUAAAGAAGACAUCUUGAAAAUUUCAGAGGAUGAACGCAUGGAGCUUAGCAGGAGCUUUCGUGUAUACUGCAUCAUCCUUGUGAAACCCAAAGAUGUGAGUCUUUGGGCUGCAGUGAAGGACACUUGGACCAAACAUUGUGACAAAGCAGAGUUCUUCAGUUCUGAAGAUGUUAAAGUAUUUGAGUCAGUUAAUAUGGAAACAAAUGACAUGUGGCUAAUGAUGAGGAAAGCUUAUAAAUAUGCCUUUGACAAGUAUAAUGACCAGUACAACUGGUUCUUCCUUGCACGCCCCACUACAUUUGCUAUUAUUGAAAACCUAAAGUACUUUCUGUUAAAAAAGGAUCCAUCACAGCCUUUCUAUAUAGGCCACACUAUAAAAUCUGGAGACCUUGAAUAUGUGAGUGUGGAAGGAGGAAUUGUGUUAAGUAUAGAAUCAAUGAAAAGACUUAAUGGCCUUCUGAACAUCCCUGAAAAGUGUCCUGAGCAGGGAGGAAUGAUUUGGAAGAUAUCUGAAGAUAAGCAGCUAGCUGUCUGCCUAAAAUAUGCUGGAGUGUUUGCAGAAAAUGCAGAAGAUGCUGAAGGAAAAGAUGUAUUUAAUACCAAAUCCGUGGGGCUUUUUAUUAAAGAGGCAAUGAGCAAUCAUCCCAACCAGGUAGUAGAAGGAUGCUGUUCUGAUAUGGCUGUUACUUUUAAUGGACUGACUCCUAAUCAGAUGCAUGUGAUGAUGUACGGGGUAUACCGUCUUAGGGCAUUUGGACAUACUUUCAAUGACGCAUUGAUCUUCUUACCUCCAAAUGGUUCGGACAAUGACUGAGAAGUGGAAAAAGAGCAUGUAUUUCAUCCCCAUAUAAAACGUGUUAUAACUAUUUAUAGUAAUAAAUACAUAUCCAACACAGA